AUGCCAUCCCGGGAUUUCGAAGAUUACGCAAUGAUUGGCGUAAUAGCACCUUAUUUGUCGAAAUUUUAUCUCAGUUACCAAUCAAAUGAUAUCAUCGAUCGCCUCAAUUAUCAGUAUACUUCACUAAUUAUUGCACUUACUGCCUUUACUCUUGCUGGAACACAAUAUGUUGGUAAACCAAUUCAGUGUUGGGUACCUGCACAAUUCACUGGAGCAUGGGAAAAAUACGCGGAAACUUAUUGUUUUAUUAAGGGAAGUUAUUACAUACCUUUGGAUAGUGAAAUACCACAUGAAUAUUCACAAAGAGAUGAAUCGGUUAUUGGAUACUAUCAAUGGGUACCAAUCAUUUUGGCAUUGCAAGCAUUUCUAUUUUAUUUACCUUCCGUUAUUUGGAAAACGAUGAAUUCUCAUGCAGGCAUCAACGUGAAAGGAAUUCUGAAUUCAGCAGCAAUGGUAAAAAAAAAAUUCGACAAAAGUUCUCGACUUGCACAGGUGUACACAGUUGCAGAUCAUUUGCGUGAUUCUUUGGAUAUGCAAAGAGAGCUUCGAACUGGGUCGUUUGAUUGCCUCCAUCUUGGCAAACGAAGUGGAGUUUAUCUGAUUAUCUUAUACCUUUUCACCAAAGUGUUGUAUGUGGCUAAUGUGAUUCUACAAUUCGUCAUUCUUAAUGCAUUCCUCGGACCGCAGUAUACUUUCUGGGGUGCAGGCAUUCUUUCUGAUAUAUGGCAUGGCAAGGAAUGGAGUGAAUCGGGGCAUUUUCCUCGAGUUACAAUGUGCGACUUUCACAUUCGUGUGCUGGGCAAUAUUCAUCGUUGGACUGUGCAAUGUGUCUUGAUGAUUAAUAUGUUCAAUGAGAAAGUAUACAUUUUCUUAUGGUGGUGGUUUAUAUUGGUUGGGACUUUGUCAUUGUUAUCGUUGCUGUAUUACUUUUUCGCAUUGAUUCUUGGAUCUAAUCAACGGCAAUUUGUGAUCCGUUAUCUGCGAUGUGCUGGUACUAUUUCGGAUCUUAAAGAUCCAAAAACCGAAAAACAUCUUCAUGAAUUUAUCAAAAGAUUUCUGCGACCCGAUGGUAUCUUCAUUUUGCGACUUAUCGAGACAAAUGGCGGUGAUUUAUUGGUUAGUGAAAUUGUUAAUGUAAUGUUUGGGCGCUAUAAAGCUCAUAUGGAGGAGCAGUAUGGAACGAUGGCUGUGACUGAUAACACACAUUUGAAUGGCAGUGAUAAUUUAUUGGAACGAUGA